AUGUGUGCAUCACGGUCUGGUUUUUUAACUAUGCGUAGGAUUAAGAAAGAAGCUGUCGAACUUGUGGAAGACGUGAAACCGAAGCGGAAGAGGCAGAGGACGCGUGGUAAAAUCGAAGAGCUCUCAGAAGUUGUGUCACCCUCAGCUUAUCAUACCUUCCAUGAUCCUGCCGAGAUUUGUCUCCUGCGAACUCACCUUCUCAGCUGGUACGACUUGGAAAAGAGAGAGCUGCCAUGGAGGACUCUGGCACUAACAGAGCCCGAUGUCAACAUAAGAACAUAUGCAGUUUGGGUGUCAGAGAUCAUGCUGCAACAGACGCAGGUUGCCACGGUGAUAGAUUAUUACAAAAAAUGGAUCAAGCGCUGGCCAACGGUUGCAGAUCUCGCAGCGGCUACACUAGAGGAGGUAAAUCAAAUGUGGGCGGGCCUUGGCUACUAUUCACGAGGGAAGCGUCUGCAUGAAGGGGCUCAAAAGGUGGUGUCAGAGCUCGAUGGACGGAUGCCCGACACGGUGGAUGAGCUGCUGAAGCAACUACCGGGAGUGGGCCGCUACACUGCCGCGGCCAUCGGUUCCAUCUCGCUGGGCCAAGUUACCGGAGCCGUUGACGGCAACGUCAUUCGUGUCUUGUGUCGCAUGAGAGCCAUCGGGGCUGACUGCACGAGUCCUGCAGUCACUGAGGCACUUUGGGUUUUGGCCAACACGCUGGUGGACCCUGAGCGAGCGGGGGACUUCAACCAGGCUAUGAUGGAGCUGGGGGCCCGAGUUUGUACUCCAAAAGGACCCCUGUGCAAGCAGUGUCCUGUACGCUCCCAUUGCCAUUCUUAUCGCAAGGUUCAUGCCAAACAAGAGCAAAAUGCUAAAAGGCUGUUGGGGAAAAAGGACACGAAGCCUCCCGCACUUCCAGACAUUGAAGACUGUAGUAGGUCAUCAUCUGGUGCCGGUGUAAUAUGCCCACUGUGUCCGACCGAACCUUGGAAUGAAGAAUUGGGUGUUCAGAACUUCCCAAGAAAGCCCGCCAAGAAGCCCCCCAGAGUGGAGCGAACUUGGACAUGUGUACUGACUCGACAUGGGGAAGAUGGUGAGGAAGAGUUCCUCCUCAUGCAAAGACCAAAACAAGGUUUGCUUGCAGGAUUGUGGGAGUUUCCUGGUUUUGUGUUGGAAAAGGAGGACAAAUGUGAAAAGAAACACAAGGUGGCGCUGUGCGACCGAUUUAACAAGCUCAUGGGAGUGCUGCUGAUUGACACCUCCCUUCAGUAUGUGGGAGAAGUGCGUCACCUAUUUUCCCACAUCCACCAAACGUAUGAAGUUCACACUUUGCGUAUGCAAGACACCGACAUGCCGCCACAGAGGGAAAACGUGCGGUGGGUCAACAGAUCGGCACUGGAGGAGGCCGCUGUAUCUACAGGAGUCAAAAAGAUUUUGAAGCUUUGUGACUCUGCUGGCCUUCAGAAAGAGACGACUUCUCCAGACGCAAAGAGGUUAAAGAACGACAGUGUGAUAAGACCACGCAGGACAAAUAAAGCCAAAAUGAAGGCGUCGAGUGGAAGCAACAAGCAACUUUCACUCACGUCAUUCUUCAGGACCACCAAGCAGGAACCUUGA